AUGGAACGUCGAUACAAUGUAAAGCGAUCUUGUAUUCGAUGUCACGCGCGCAAAGUCCGCUGCGACAGGGCCGUACCCUGUUCAACAUGUCUUCGCAUCAAUGUUUCAUGCGAAUACCCCGGCCCGAAAAAGGUGAAACGCCGAGCUCCGAGGACCUCAACCUCCACCGAACUAGUGGCGCGGUUGGAGCAACUUGAGCGGUCUAUUACUUCCAUCACUGGGGAAUCAGCUCAGUCGAUCCCCCAAUCAACUAGCUACGCGCAAUCGGGUCACUCUGCUGCCAGCGUUGGACAGGAAUCUUCGAGGGAAUCUAGUGCUGUGGUGCUGAGUCGUCAAACCACGGCUCAGCCAGGCUUCUUAGUGAAGAAUGGUAACUAUGUCGAUGAGCCGUUCUUAUCGCGAGUCUUGGAGAAAGAGCAUGAACUUCAGUCUGCGAUGGGGUCGCCCAAUAUCAGCGAUAAUGCUGCGAGAAAACCCCCACAAAUGAAGGUGGAUGGUAUUAUCACCAAUCCGCAACUUAUCCCGCUGGAUAUCAAGUCAUUUUAUCCGAGUAGAUGGCAGGCUACGGUGCUCUGGGAGACAUUUUUGAGUCGGGUUGAUCCCGUGGUCAAAGUUAUCCAUGUGCCGACAACCAAGCCUCGCAUUUUUGCUGCGAUCAGUAGGCCUGAAUCCGUUUCACCGGAUGUUCACUGUUUACUUUUUGCAAUAUUCUUCGGUGCUGCCACUGCUAUGGCUGCAGACAGCCCAGAUAAUGAUGGCAUUCGCUCGGACAUGGACCGGUACAGGCAGGGCAUCGAAAUUGCUAUGUACCAGUCCUCUUUUCUGGAUUCGCCGACUAUGCCAGCGCUACAAGGGCUAGCAAUUUAUUUGACAUGUCUACGGUACAGCAACUCAGGCCGAUCAGGCUUCACGCUUCGCGGGCUAGCUAUCCGAGCGGCACAAUCAAUCGGCCUCCACCGCGAUGGCAAGCACUUUAAACUGUCACCUUUGGAGUGCGAGAUUCGCCGUCGACUAUGGUGGAUGCUAGCCACGACCGACGCUCGCAUGGCUGAGGAUCACGGGAUAACCGUAACAGAGCGCGAAUAUGGUGGCGAUACUCAAUUACCCGCCAACAUCGACGACCAAAAUCUCACCGAAACAUCCACAGAACCAGUUCCCUCCCAGCCCCGCUGGACAGAAAUGACUUUCCCCCUCAUUAUCUCCGAAGUCAACAAAAUGUGGCUUCCAAUGGCACAGACAAUAGUCGACUCCAAAGAUGGCACGCGACCAGAACAGUUAAUCGCUCAAUUUCGCAACGACUUACAUGAAAAAUACGUCAAACACGGCGACUUAGACAUCCCCAUCCAGCGCAUGGGACUGCUCCUCAGCCAAAUUCUAGUCGCCAAAGCAGAGGUCCAUCUCCGACAAAAGGUGCUCCAAACCCCAUCUCCAUCCUCAUCAGCAGUAGAUAUCGAAGCAGCCCAAGAACUCCUCGGAAUGGCCUGCAAUGCACUAAAUCAAGGACUGAGAAUGUACCAAGACGAGCUCCUACGCGGCUUCCGCUGGCUAACGUCUACAUACACCCAAUUCCACCUUUUGACCUAUAUAUUGUGGCACUUGUGUGUGUUCCCAACAGGCCCGUUCGUGGAGGAGGCCUGGCGCGGAGUCAAUACGCAUUUCGAGCUUACGGAGCGGGAUCCCUCUUGGCCCGAUCCAGGUCCUAAAUGGCCUAUGCUCAAGCUACUACGAGCGAAGGCGAUGCGGAUUCGGAAUGCGAAUACGGGUGCGCAUACGGAUGCGAAUACGAAUACUUCUGCUGCGCAGAGCGAGCAACAGCAGCAACGAACACGGUCUGUUGCGGAUCCUCUGUCUUCGGCUGAUGAUGCUGUACUGUAUGGUAUCGAGGCGCCACUUUUGGAUCUGGAUAAUCUGGACUUUAAUUGGUCGGGGUUUCCCGAUUGGAAUUAUUUGGCGCAGGGCAUUGCUAUUAUGAAUCAGGAUGGGGGCAUUUAG